AUGGAACCAAACGUGCCAGCAGUGAUAGCGAAGAGAAUAUGGAGCAUAGCACGUGUAGCUUUCUUCAUGUUGCGAAAAGGCAUAUCCAAGAGAAAGCUAAUGCUCGACCUCAACAUGGUGAUGAAGCGUGGCAAGAUCGCCGGAAAAGCUAUCACCAACCUCAUGUUCAACCACAACCACCACCACCACCACCACGCCGCGUCCUCGGCCCCGCGCGAGUACGAGUUCAGCUGCAGCAACACCCCCAACUACACCUUCCACCUCAGCAAUAAGCGCCGCCACCACAGCCACAACAACCAUCACCACAGCCACUUCUUCGCGUGCGCCCACGCGCCGGCGACCCUAGACGAUGACUUAGCCACUAUGAAUGCUGUUAAGGCGGUGCUGAUGGAGAUGUUGAACAACGAAGCUGCGGUGGAGGCAUCGCCGGCACUCCCUGGCUUCGGACGGAGCCCCAUGGUGAGGCAGCUGAGGAUAACGGACUCGCCGUUCCCGUUGAGGGAAGCCGACGAGGACCCCCGCGUAGACAAGGCUGCCGAGGAGUUCAUAGAGAGGUUUUACAAGCAGUUGAGGCAGCAGAAGUGA